GAGAGAGAGACUGCGGUGUUGUUAGUUUGAACAAAAUGGCUGCGAGAGCACUGUCAACGAGAGCUCACUGAACGCCUACCAUGACUGUCCGGAUCCUCUCAGAAUGUAUUUCCCCGGAGUCGCUUCUCACUCUGCAUUCGCGGCAGUAGCCAGCCCGUCACUAGUCGUCCAGCUGGCGACCUAAACAAAAAAAAAAAAAAAAAAACAUUUCUUUUUUUUCUUUUUUCUUUUUUUUUUUUGCACUUUAGAACAAGUUGGCUGAGCUGACGGCCGUCGGCUUGAUCCCUGUACGCGAGAAACUCAUCGGCGAUUUUGAACAUAAAGCUGAUUUCUUUUUUUUGCAACCCGAGGAAAGGUUGACGACGUGCGGCGUGAACGCACGCUUACAUUUUUUUGCUGCUUUUGAAAGUCAUUCUAUUCGUGUUUAUUUUUGUUUUGUUUUUUUUAUGGUCCCCCCCUCCCUCCCUCCCCGCCCCCUUGUUUAUCGUGACGUUUCAACAAACUGUUUCACGGCAUUUUUUUUCCUAUAUAUUUUGCUCAAAGCAUAAAUAACCGUACUUGCUGUGUGUGUAUAUAUAUCAGGCUGAGAAGCCUCUGUUUACCUCGGUAUCUUGUCACCACCAAGUCGGCUUAUCUGCCAAGUCCGACUUUUUUUUAACUGCGACUGAGUCUUUGCUCCAUCUCUUUACGGGUAUCCUCAGAAAAGACACCGAAGAAUGCUUUUCUGCUUAAUAUGUUUUUCUGCCAUGCACCGACUCUUCACUGAAAGCUGCCAAAGCUCUGGUUGACACAAGCUGAGAGAAGCUAGCAACAGAAGAAAGAGAACCAUUUGAUGGAAGAAAAGAAAAAGAAAAAACAAGAAGAAAAGACCAAGACGGAAGUCGCUCAGAAAAAGGCUGCUGAUCAGAAACCCAAAGUGCCAGAGUCUGCUCCCAUUAAGCCCAGUCUCGGCCCACCCCACCACCUUCACCCCGCCAGCCCUACGCUGCCCCACUCCUCCUCCUCCUCCUCCUCCUCUUCUUCUGGCAAUGGCAAGCGUGCCUCCUGCAGUAGCCAACUCCCGACUCAGACUCCCCCUCAGCAGCAGUGCCAGUUGUCCUCUGCCAGUGCUCGCUACCCGCCCAGAGAGGUGCCCCCGCGCUUCCGCCAGCAGGAGCACAAGCAGCUACUGAAGAGAGGCCAGCCACUGCCUGCAGGAGCCCUCUGCGCUCUCACCCUCUCCUCCUCCUCUUCCUCCUCCUCCUCUUCGCCCUCAUCAUCUUACUCUUCUUCUUCUACUACAACUACCAGCAGCACUACCCCAAAAUCUGCCACGUCCACUGAAGGCAAACGCCACCAAGACAUAUCCCUCCAGAGUGGUCCUGUUGCCCAAUAUGAGACCUCUUAUUGGGGCAGCUCUUUGCAAGUUGACAGCCCCUCCAGUGCCAACCGCUGGGACAAAGUGAUUAUUGACGAAAGUGACACAGAAGCUUGGCCCUCAAUCAACCGCAGCAGUGACCCAAGCCACCCUGCAGCACCAGAAUGCCCCUUGGGCUCAGCUUGCUCUAACCAAGACACCAGUGCUGUCACUACCACCAGUAGUAGUAGUAGUAGUUAUCCGAGUAUGGCCACAGGUGCUGCAGGCCAGCAGGCCCACUACCCCUCUCUUAAAGCUAACAAUACAAUGAUGACAGGACCUGGGUCAGCCAACACAUUAGGUGGUAAUAGAGGAUGGGGCUCAGAUGGGAAACAAGAAGGCAUGAAUAGUGGCAGAGUAGGAGGGCCCAAUAGUUGGGGCUCUCCCAAUUUUAACUUGAACCUCAAUCCCAAUGCCAACCCAUCAGCCUGGCCUGUUCUGGGACAUGACAAUGGUGGUGGUGUUGGCUCCAAUGGGAUGUCAAAUUCCCCAUCCCUCCCACCAGGUAUUAAUGGUAAUGGAAACAUGAGCCUGGGAGGUGCAGAUAAUGGUGGGGGUGGUUGGGUUAGCAUGAUAAGUGCUAACGAAAAUGAUCAACCGCACCCUUCAACCAACACAAGCAUGUCCUUCAAUAUGGAACCUGCUAACCUUAACACUGAUGGACCAAACCACACUAAGCAACAACAGCAAGCUCAGGAGCCUAUGAGCCCUAUCCAUGGGAUGACUGGCUGGGGAGGUCAGUCACCCACUGAAUCAUCCCAGCUCAAUGGAGACCCAACAGGCAGCUCUGUAUGGGGAAGUGGAGAAACCAAGGCAGCUGACUCUCCCAAGGACUCAGGCUGGGACUCAACUCCCUCUGGAGGCCAUUCUGCCUGGGGUCGCCAAGGCAGUGGUGGUGGGAGUAGUGGAAGCGGUGGCUGGGGUGACUGGGGGAAAUCCUCUGGGAAUCCUCCAUCUAAAGGAUGGGACUCAGUAGACGCUGGUAGUUCUGGCUCAGGCCAAGAGCCGCAACUUAGCGCAUGGGGUGUGCAGCCUGGAACAGCCCCGGCAAGUGAGGGUAGUGGGGACAGCAGCGAAGGUCGAUCUCAACACAAAGAUAGAUCCUCCAGCAUGGAUUUUUCUCCUGCUGUUCCCCGACAGGACCUGGAUCCUAAGGUGCUGAGUAAUACAGGCUGGGGACAGACCCCCAUCCGCCAGCACACUGUUUGGGAGAUGGAAGAAGCCAACUCUGAUGAUGUGAAAAGCAACAGCAGCUCAGACACCAUAACAGGCUCUGGCUCUAAUGGUGGACCCUCAUCCACCAAUGGAGGUACCAUCAAUCCAAACAAUGGCCCCAAUCAGAGGCCAGGGUCUGGAGGAAGAAAUGAUAGCGAAGGAAAGUCAUCUUCUAGCUGGGGACCCCCUCCACCUCAGCAAAUCCAGUCUGGAUCAGGAUGGGGUGACCCCCCACAGACUGUUAGCAAAACCCAGAAUGGCACUAGUAGUGGAUGGGGAGAGGCUAUGCCUACAAAUGGUCCGCGAGGUGGAAGUACACCAUCUUGGGGUUCUGGGGAAAAGUCACCCAGUUGGGAUGAUGGCCCGAAAAAAAGUCAGCCAACUAGCUGGAGUGAGGCCCCCAAAAGCUCCCAUGGUUGGGGCAACAGUAAUGGGGGUACCAAUGGUUCCAGCACAGGGGACUGGGGAGAGGCAGAGGUCAAGAACAACGGGUCUUCCAGCAACAUGUGGGAAGGUGAAGGAGGGAAUGGAGGGAAUGGAGGGAAUGGAGGGAAUGGAGGAAAUAGUGGAUGGAAGGAUAGCCCCAGAGGAGGAAAUAGAAGUGGUGGCUGGAGUAAGCCUGCUCCUACUGUCAAUAAUAGCAACUGGGGUGAAACCCCACGUGCCAAUGGCCCAGUACAAGGAGGCUGGGGCUCCACAAAGCCCCAGGAAAGCAGCAGCAGCAGUAGUACUGGCAGUGGAGGAGGUGGAAGCAUUGGUUCAUGGGGUGGUCCUGGUUCUGUGAAGCAGAGCCCCUCUGGCUGGGGAAACACCAGUAAACAGGACCAGAGCAUGAUGGAGCCCACUGGCUGGGAAGAGCCCUCCCCUCCCUCCAUCCGUAGAAAGAUGGAGAUUGAUGACGGAACAUCAACCUGGGGUGAUCCCAAUGCCUUCAACCAGACUGUCAACAUGUGGGAUCGCAAUAGUCCCAACAAUAACCCAGGCAACAGCGGCCCACCUGCCACUAAGAAUGGGGGAGUAGUUAUCCCCAACAAUAACAACAACAAUCACUCUGUUGGCCCUGGCAACAACAAUCAUCAUCACACUCAUCAUAUGCACCACCAUCAACAUCAUGGACAACCUCCAACUCACAUGCAACACCACGGAAACAACAAUGGGUCACCCAACAAUGGCACCUCACAUCCAGGUGCAGGCCCCCAGGGAAGACCUCCUAUUGCCAACCCAGGUUGGGGAGAGCUUCCCAAUGUUCAACCCAAGUCGGAGCCUGCUUGGGGAGAGCCAGCAGCUCCAACAUCAGCUGUAGACAAUGGUACCUCUGCCUGGGGCAAGCCCACAGCAGGAUGGGGAGACGGUGGCCAUGAACCCUCUGGACCCUAUGGCAGGGCCAGUGGACCCCCAGGUUCUGCACCCUGCAAGCCAGGCCCCAAACCUAUGCAAGAUAGCUGGGGAAAUGGAGGAGAGGAGAUGGGUAUGUCUACUGGCCAAUGGGACACUGAAGACGGGGACAUGUGGAACAGCCCCUCCUCCCAGGAGGGCAACUCUUCUUGCAACUCCUGGGGAAAUGGACCCAAGAAGGUCCCAAUCAAGGGGAAGAUUGUCAACAAGCCAGAUGAGAUGUGGAUCAUGAAUCGUCUCAUCAAACAGCUCACUGACAUGGGCUUUCCGAGAGACCCUGCUGAGGAGGCUUUGAAGAGCAACAACAUGAACCUCGACCAGGCCAUGAGUGCACUGUUGGAGAAGAAGACGGACCUGGACAAGCGGGGCAUGGGCAUGACUGAUUACAGCAACGGUAUGAACAAGCCCAUGGUGUGUCGACCCUCAGCACUCUCCAAAGACCUCUCCGACCGCAACACCUUUCUUGACAAGGAUGGUGUUAUGUCAGAUGACAACCCUCCAUCACCGUUUCUGCCUUCCCCCAGCCUGAAGCUCCCCCUGGCCAACAGUAGCCUUCCUGGGCAGGGUCUGGGACAGGGCAAUCCGGGGCUGGCCAUGCAAAACUUGAACAACAGACAGAUACCCAGUGGAAUGUUUGGCAGUAGUGGAGCAGCACAAACCCGGGCCAUGCAGCAGCAGCAGCAGCAGCAGCAGCAGCAGCAGCCUCCUCAGCCACCAGUGCCACCUCUCAGCUCCUCCCAGCCUAGUCUACGUGCUCAAGUGCCUCAGUUUCUCUCCCCUCAGGUCCAAGCACAGCUCUUGCAGUUUGCAGCAAAAAACAUUGGUCUGAAUCCUGCACUUUUAACCUCACCAAUAAACCCUCAACAAAUGACUCUCUUGUACCAACUUCAGCAACUGCAAAUGGCGUACCAGCGUUUACAAAUCCAGCAGCAGAUGAUGCAGGCUCAACGCAAUGUUUCCGGCCCCAUUAGACAACAAGAGCAGCAAGUUGCACGUACAAUCACCAACAUGCAGCAGCAGAUCCAGCAGCACCAGCGUCAGCUGUACCAAGCGCUGCUGAUGAAGCAGCACCAACUUCCCUCUCACUCCUCCUCCUCUUCCUCCUCUGCUGGUCUGCAUGCCCCAGGAGGCCCCUCCGGAGGCCAUGGCAAAUCAUCCCUGGACCCCUUCACAGGCCAACACCAGGCUCCCGGCCUCAACGACACACUGCACGCCAAAGAGCCGCUCUCUUCGCCCAACUCCUACAGCAACUACCCUCUCUCUGGACUGAAUCCAAACAUGAAUGUAAACUGCAUGGAGGUUGGGGGUCUGUCCCUGAAGGAGCCCCCUCAGCCCCAAUCCCGCCUGUCCCAGUGGACACACUCCAACUCCAUGGACAGCCUCUCUGGCAACUCCUCAAACAUGGAGAACAACCUCAAUAAGCACGGUGCCAUAUCUGUUGCCUCUUCCCUGGGCCCCCCUGGGAAGCCCCCCCAGAUGGAUGACUCAUACAGCCCUUACAAUCUAAUGUCCAGCUCUGAGUCCCCCACCAGCCCCCUGGUCCAGGACAGCUGGGGCCAGGGCAAGAGCCCGAAUGAGAAGAUCACCAACGGGACCAACAUCAACUGGCCCCCAGAGUUCUGCCCCGGCGUGCCAUGGAAGGGCCUUCAGAACAUCGACCCUGAGAAUGACCCCAACAUGACACCUGGCAGCGUCCCCAGCGGUCCCACCAUCAACACCAACAUCCACGACGUCAAUCGCUACCUGCUGCGAGACAGGAACGGAGGUAAACUUUCUGACAUGAAGUCCACCUGGUCCCCAGGGCCAAUCUCCCAGAGCCAAGCCUCUCUGUCCCAUGAGCUGUGGAAAGUCCCUCAGGGGCCACGCAGCAGUGCGGCCCCAUCACGGCCCCCACCAGGCCUCACCAACAGCAAGCCUGCCUCCACCUGGGGUGGCAACUCGCUGGGCCUCUCUCAAGGCUGGAGCGGCUCUUACACCUCUGAGGGAAGCACCUGGAGCACUGACUCCAACAGGACCAGCAUCUGGCUGGUGCUGAGGAAUCUCACCCCACAGAUUGAUGGCUCCACUCUGCGGACCCUGUGCAUGCAGCACGGCCCCCUGAUCACAUUCCACCUCAACCUGACCCAGGGGAACGCCGUGGUGCGCUACAGCUCCAAGGAUGAGUCUGCAAAAGCCCAGAAGUCUCUGCACAUGUGUGUGCUUGGAAACACCACCAUCCUGGCAGAGUUUGCUGGCGAGGAGGAGGUGAACCGCUUCUUUGCACAAGGCCAGUCGCUAGGGUCAAACACCACUAGCUGGCAGGCCAACCAGGGAACCAAUCAAAACCGCAUGGGUGGGUCUGGCCAGUCCCACUCUAUGGGCCAGUGGAGCAGUGGUGGUGGCGGAGGAGGCAAGGCAAGCGCUGGCGACCUGCUGUGGGGCGGCGUGCCCCAGUACUCCAGCCUGUGGGGACCGCCAAACGGAGAAGACGCCCGCGUGAUCGGGAGCCCCACCCCCAUUAACACCCUGCUGCCUGGAGACCUGCUGAGUGGGGAGUCAAUGUAGGGCCAUGCCACGAUUACACUAACCAUCCAACCCACCACCACCAUGUCAUGCAAGCCAUCGGUGGAGGAUGGGAUGGAGGGGAAAAAAACUACAAAACAAACAAAAAAAAAUCCAAGAUGAACAGGAGCAAAACCCAAGCAAAUCAUGUGGCGAUAAUCAGUAUCAAUUAGAACUUUUUGAGCUGUGAAUUGUGAAUCAGAAGUUUGAGGUCCAAACCACACAGACUGCAGACCUCGACUCCUUCUGUUUUACUUGUGUCUUUUUUUUUUCUUCAUUACUCUACCUUUUUUUUGGGGGGGGGGGGAAACCUGAGUUUUUUCUUCUCCUCUGGUAUUUUUGAAACGCAUCAUAUGAAACUGAAAUGAGACACAACACAAAGAAACCUUUUAAGUGUUUUUCGUUUUUUCCAUAAGUAUACAUGACAUUCUGUGUGAAGUGUUUUUAGGAGAAGCAAUCAAAGCUGCCAUCUGAGACUUUCCUUUACCCUCCAAAAAAAAAAAAAAAAAAAAUCAUCCCAAAAUAAGACUUAAAAAAACAACCAUUCCCAGCAUGUCCAUGGCCAAUGACGUGGUUCAAAGACCUUUACUAGUUAUGUUAACGUUUGUUUCUCAGCACUAAUUUUAGCCUUAAGUGCUCUCUGGCCCAGGUCCUUCUCAAGCCGCCUUUUUUAGUUUGUUUUGUAACUGAAGAAAUAGCUGAAAUCUUGCACAGUUUCACCUCUGAGCCAGCGAGUGGUACAGGACAUGACUGGUGACACGCUCUGUCACUGGGCAGUAAGAAGGCCUGGCCACAUGACUGGCCCUACCAAUCAUCAGCUUAAUUAUCUCAUCUCGUCUUCUCAAAGGGAUGGACACAGCUCUUCAAUGUCUUUUUUUGUAGGUCUAGAACCGAGCGCUUUUUUAAUAUCUAUCACAACAUAUAAGCUGAGAGAAGAUUAUUUGUCAACCUCGUUGUGUGUCUCCGCACAUGUCAGUGUAUGUCCGGUGGCACCUAAUCAUUGACGUCUACAAACCUACAUCCUUCUGGUCACCUUCAAUUGGAACCCAGUUGCUUACUGGUGCUGUGUUGAAUUUUUUUAUUGUCUUACUUGUUAUGAAGCCCAGCGGUCUGUAUGGGCAGCCAGUUUUCAGAGGAAAACAAAAAGAACACAAUUUCACCUUCAUGUGACAGUUACAUUGUGCAAUAUACACCAUAGACCUUUCUUCCGUCCACACUCUUAUGUCCUGGAGCUGGUUUCUCUUUUGUUUUGUUUUUUUUUGUUUUUGAUUGUUGCUGAUUGCAGCAAAAGACUUUGGAACUUCAAAAACCUUACCCCCCCCUUUUGAAAACUUGGAUUCCCUCCAGGGCCGCCAAUCCCUCUGAAGCUGUUGGGAAAACUCUGCAGCAGUUGCUGAAGUGUGCAUGCAGCAAACUGUACUGAAGAGGGACACUGGGUACACAAUAAUGCACACUUCCUCUCUGCACGCCACAGCCACACCCAACAGAGACUGAAUCCGCGGCGGGAUUGGACGGUUCUGGGUAUCUGGCACAAUACCAAAUAAGAGGGGUUUCCUCCUAAUGCAGUAGACCUACGAGUGUUCCUUGCGUUUGGUACUGUACAAACAGAAGAGACUAAGACUUUUAUAAAUUCAAAGGGUUUUAUCAUAGCACUUAUGAAGAGCAAAUCGCUUCAACUGCAAUCCAAUAAAUCAAAAAAGGAGCAGCAAAAACCUUGAAAAACAACAAAAAAAAAAGACUGCUCUUUUAUGUACUAUGUCUUUCCUUGGAAAUGUGUCUGACGUUGUUCCUCUGGUAGCAGGAAGAAGGGAAACUAAACUGAAAUGUACCAUUGGACUUAGUGGAAGAAGAAAAAAACUGCAGUCUUUGAUUUUUCCUUUUUGAACAAUAUCAAAGUGAAUAUCACUGUUACUCCAAAUGUUUCGCCUUGUUCUGUUCGGAGGCACUAGACUUGCAACGUCAGCUGUCUCUGACAUCACUGGCCAGCCAGUGGGAGUGGGGGGUGGGGGAGGGGGGGGAGUGUCCACUGAGUGCCUCUCUGCUGUGGUCCUCUGGGUGUCAAGCGGUAGCCCCCCUACAGCGCAGCACUUCCUCUCGGGCGCCACUUGAACCCUCCCUCAGUCUCCCAAGACACACACACACAAAAAAAAAAAAAAAAAGCAGCACCUCAAAGACUGGCCAAUCACGGCUCUCUCCGUCACACAAGGCAUCUCCAACGGAGGCGGGGAGGCGCCGCCGCCGCUCGGCCCUGCUGUCGUUCCCCGCCCUCCUCCCCAUCUCUCAGUUCUUUGACACAAAGAUCACUUUAGCUGGAAGAUGUUAUAGUCAUAUUUCUGGAAUUUUUGCCAGUGUACUUUUUAUUCUUUUUGAAAAGAUGGUUUGACUUUAUUUUUUUUUUUUCAAUGUGUUGUUUUGUUGUUUUUGUCUACAUGCAGUGGUCUAUGAAAUACUGGCUGCUGAACUAGCCCUUCACUGUUCAUAUGCAGAAACACUUUGGUCAGAGGUGCCUCUGUAUGUUCAUCCUGUGUAUUGAAUGCAAAACGAGGAUCAAUACUACAGAGCAUUAUUGAUUGUCUAUUUGUUUUGAACUGAUCAUGCUUUUGUGUUUGACAGUAUUCUGUAGUACUUCCAGGUUGUAUCUUGAGAUGUGUAAAAAAAAAAAUAGGGUGUCUCAGACUGGGGGGUGUGGAUGUUUGCUGUCCGCGCUGCUCCGCCUGCCCACAGGCUGUCUCCCCUCUCACCCUUUGCCUAGCUGCUAUGCUACAACCUCCCCCACCUCCACCUCAAACCAGACCCAGUAGCCCUCCCCUGACCAGGCACCAACAGGCCCUCCUAUCUGUUUCUAUGCAAAAGACUAGAGGCUGGGUCCCUUUACAGCACGCCAAAACUGACUUGGGAACGAGCACUUCAGCCCAGAGUUGGGAACCCUAAAUACUUACCCCCCCCCCCCUCCUUCCCGUGCUUUUCUGUCAGCACUUCUGACCGACCGGCAUGUUUGUUUAGUCGGGCUAAGCCACUAGAACACUGUCAUAUAGUAAAGUUCACCACUUUAUCAAGGUCGGCCUUCUCUUUGCGCUGAAGACGCUUCAGUCCAGCUUGAACUCAGGGUUGGGGAGUUGAUACCAAGUACAAGAUGCAGCUCUCCGUGUCUGUCCUUUCUACUGUGAGAGCAAACUUAAAAGUAAAACAGGAGACAAAAUGUUCAGACCUCACGCCUCGAACUGAACCCUAAUUGGGCAGCAAACGGCUUGUAUUGAAUCCUCUCUCAAAGGCGGCCUGGCGUAACUAUUUUGGGGCCUCUUAAUGAGUACAAGAUGCCAACGUAUUGUGCCAAUCUAAAAUGUGCUGUGUCAUACUGCUUCUACAUAGAAAGCACUUCUGUUCCCUGAUUGGAGGAGCUUUGAUAAACCUUUGCAGAGGGUGCAGCAGGGGCAAAGGAGGGAUCAAACACAUGGGCGGCAGCAUCACACCCUCACACCUCUGAGAUUGUUUUUUUUUUUUUUUUUUUUUUUUUUAUGCUUUUGUGGGGAGCGCCCCAUGCUAAGGAGAAAAUCUUUACUCAUUCGGGGUUCCAGUUUGCUACAGUGCACAGUUGAUGAUGGGUAAUCCCGGGUACAUAUUUUUUUAAAACCAAAAAUGAAAUUGCAUUUUAACGUCAUUUUUAUGAAGUUUGACAUAAAAAUCUUAAAAAUGCUUAAAAAAUCUAAAUGAAAAAAAAAAAUCUAUAAUAUGUUAAAGCUCUGCACUUCUAGCUGAAACGUCUCCGGUCGUCAGCCUCUACUACCACCAUCUAACGGAGUAGACUGGUGGCCGGGGUGCCUUUUUGUGGAUGCUGUAUUAAUCUUUAUGUUUUUUGUGGCCUGCUCAAAGCGGGCCCACUGAACUGUACAUUUCCACAGACCCAGAUGGCUUGGGCCCACUGUAUCAGCCUCGCUCUCCUCACUCUGCAUCAGCAGGAGGGGGGAGGGGCACAUUUCAAGAGGUACAAAAGUCUUAAAAACAUUUUACAAAAAGUUUUUAAAAUGUCAAAAAAAAAACAAAAAAAAAAAAAACAGAAAUGUACAAGAAAACGGGAAAAGGCUACCUUUUGGGACUCACAGUCCUGCAGCACACAAGCAAAAAUCACUAUUGCCUGUUUCUGUAACUGCCUUGAUCCAAGCUCAGACAGACCCAAUAGCCGAGGACCUCCCAGCAUCCUGUACUAACUGGAGAACCCUGGCGGUGAGGGGGUUUCCCAUGCUGCACCAGCAUCGAGAGGCUCUCCUCUCUACAGCUCUGUUCUAGAUUGCAGUAUAUAUGUAUACACUACAUAUGUAUAUACUGUGAGUGUGGUGUGUGCUAUCACCUCUUCAGACUUCUUGGAUCUUAACCUCCAACACUUUUCAUUUUUCUUUGAAAGGUCUUGGUUUCACACAACUGAAAAAAAAAAAAGAGCAAUAUGUAUUUUCCCCGCAAAUAAGUGAUUACGAAGGAAAGAAUUGGGGGGGUGGGGGUGUAAACUGAUACUUGAUUGACUGAAAGCUGCGCCUUUCUAUUACAGAGAUGGAUAUGCACGUUUUGGUUUUGAUGACAUAUUGCAGUACUCUGAAGUGCUUGUACUGUACAUAUGUUUCUUUGUUUGUUGAUUAGCCUGUCUAAAAGCCCAACCCAAGUAGUCGAUUAAAAAAAAAAAAAAAAAAAAUCACAAACAUAUCAAAACAAAAAAACAAAAUAUUGAACACAAAUACUUGAAUCAUGGAACGCCAAUAAUGUAAUGUGAAGUCAGAAAAUCGUUUUGGUUCUCUCCGUCUGACAGGUACACUUCGGGGCUUUUAGAGAAUAUUCAAAAUGUAUUAAAGUUAGAAAUACAAAAUCUUUGAGAGGAAAAAAAUGCAAAAGUCAUCUUCGAUGUGUGCGUGAAAGUCAGAUGUUUGUAUGAAUGUGUGCAAGAAACUGUUCAGCGGGCACACGGCCUGUUGGUUUGUUCCACUCAGUGUGUUAUGAUUUGUCUGUUUGGAUCUUUUUCUUGUCGUUCUGUCAGAAACUAUCGUUUGCUACACGAUAGACGUUAUUAUCUUCUAACGUUGCACUGAGUGUCUUCUACCCCUCGCUCAGCUAAUCGUAGAGGAACGAGUCUAAGUACGGAGGGGAGACGGUGACAAUUCAUGUGUACAUGUUUACUCAAGGACUUAAUGGAUUAUGUUUUUGUUUUCAUUCUAUCUGUAAAAAGUUUAUCUACCUUAUAGUGGCUUUUAUUGUGGAAUAAUCCAGUACAAGGAUUAUCAUUGAGUAUUGCACCAUUUUGUUCCAAUGAUAACGAAAAAAAAUAUGUGAAAAAAAAAUAUGAAAAAAUUAAAAAGUAGACAAAAAAAAGUAUAAAAAAAAAAGAAAAGCGGGGAUAAAAAACAAAGAACUGUGGCCAUAGCUAGCUGUAGAAGGAGUAGUAAUCCUGAUGUUAACUUCAUGGAGAAAGGGAGAAAGUGUGGGAGGUGAGUUUGUUACAGGACUCAUCUCAGAGGUGCCUACCUUUAUGUUUGUGUUUCUUUUUCUUGUUGUUGUUGCUAAAGCCACCUGUCAUUUACGAGCAUUUCAUUUGUCUGAAGUUUAAGGAAAUAGGAUAGACAUUUAUAACAGGAAUGUUGUAAAAAAAAAAAAAAAAGAAAAGGACAAAUUUCAUCUUCCAUCAAACAUGGACAUGAAAAUCUUGCAAAAUGAAGAUUUAUGCUACUUUAAGAACUCUGGGAUUGAUCAGUGUUGUGUCAUAUUUCACAUUUUUCAUUUCUCUUUCAGUGUGGACAGAGUAGCUCUGUAUGUUUCCAGUUGUGAUUUUACAUUUUUUUUUUUUUUUCCUGUAAGCGACGCAUUUUGCUCACAAUCUUGCACACUCAUUAAAGAUGUGGAUUUUGUCUCAGGAAGGCCAGGGUUUCACAUACCAACUCCAUCAUUUCUAGAGAUCAUGUUUUAGUGAAAAGAAGAAGAGGCUGAAAACAAUUCAACUCCAAGCGAGCACUGAUGGUUAUGAGUUCAACAGAAUAUAGAGUACCAUGGUUUCUUUAAACGAAAAAUGUUCGUAGCAACUUAUAUAUAUUUACCAAAUAAGACUGAGAAUCAACUUUGAGAGAAGUGGAGUGCUUUACAUGUGAAAUCUAAGUAGAUAUUGCUUUACAUUUUAAACAACGAUCAAUGGUUUUGAUUGUCGCCAUGACGGCGACAGAAAAGAAAAAAGAGCAUUUGUAUGUUUUGACUUUGUGUCUUUACGUUUCCAUCCUGUGGUCCAGGAGCAUCGUGCAACAAGUUUGUGUUUGAAUCAUCUCUCCUGUCUGUUCCUACGACGGGUUUUCAAACGGCGAGAGGAUUACUUUACGUGUAAACGGAUGGUUUCGGGAGGCAGGUCGAAGUGGAGGAAUGAAACUGGUUUUUAAAAAGGAUCAUGAUCUAUGCACAAGUGGGAGGGACGAGUCCAAAGCCAGCUGCUGUACUGCGGGCGUUUGUCGACUCACACUCUGGGGUUCAGGGUUCGAUGUAGGGUUGUUCUUCUUUUGUCUCUUGCUCACAUUUCCUCCACUUACUCUUACUUCCUCCUCCCCUCCCCCCCCCUCUCCCUACUAUUAUCAUCAUCAGCAUCUAAUGUUUUAGCGAAACCUUACAUUGCGUCACCAUGCUGUGUAAUCCUUAACCAAUGAGCGCUUAUCCUUCUGCUAAAGCACUGUGGGUUGUACUGAGAAAAAAAAAGCCCAUGACUUUCAAGGCUGUCUGUUUUUUAAAGGGAGGGGGACGGGUGGGAGAACGGGGGGUCCUUUGCCUUUGCCUUUCUCUUUACUUUGGAAAAAAAAAAGCAUUAAGGAAAAAUGUCUGUAACUGAAAUACAAAGUUGUGGCUUUUAAUGUUGUUCUUUUUUCUCCUCAUAGAAUGUGAUUGUUAAGGACAUGCACCGGAGAUAAAUGUUUCCAUUGAUUAUGGAGCUUCUUUCGGACUAUAUUAAUAAAUGACACAUUUUCUUGGCUGUAACUCGAUGUGUCCCGUCUCUUUUUGUGGGUUCUUAAUUCACCUCAGUAAUGAAAAGGACGAUUUAGAAGUACAUUUUAUUUAAUACACUCUGAAAAACACAAAAGAAAAAAUCACACGGCCAGCAGAGAGGGGAUAGAACAGUAUAUACAACAAGAAGAUAUUUCAUAUAAAAUACAUUUGUUUGGUGAAUUAUUGCAAAUCAAUAAACUGGAAAUCUCAAAAUGAUGGAAUUUCAAAUAUAUUAGCAU